AUGGAAGACGAGAAGCAAAAGGUUGAGAGCCAACCAGAGCAGCCGGAGAGAGACACGGAACAGUUGUCGGACACGGCGACUAAGGCGAACGUCAACGACACAGAUUCCAUCCCAAAUGGAGGAACUAUAGCCUGGCUGCAGGUUCUCGGACAUCAUUGCAUGUCACACUUGCUCAUUGACCUGGUGAGCAGGGGCAUAUUGAACACGUUUGGUGCAUACCAGACCUACUACGAAACGGGCGCGCUCUACACGGCCUCAUCGUCCAACAUUUCCUGGAUUGGCUCCGUGCAGUCAUCGCUGCUCCUCGUCCUCGGCCUCGCGACGGGCCCCCUGUACGAUGCCGGGUACUUUCAUACGCUGCUGUACGGCGGAUCAUUUAUGAUUCUUCUCGGUCAGAUGAUGCUCAGCCUCUGUCAGUCGUACUACCAGGCUCUCCUGGCGCAGGGCUUCUGCAUUGGAGUCGGUGUAGGACUCAUCUUCAUACCGGGCGUAGCGUUGCUUUCGACAUACUUUAGCACCAGGCUGGCCGUCGCCAAUGGUGUUGCAGCGGCGGGGAGUGGUCUCGGUACGUACAAGAGGGUGACAAUCGACGACGCCAGCGCUGACAGUGGACGGCUAGGCGGGAUUCUGUACCCCAUCAUCUUCCAUAGGCUGUGCGAUGAGAUUGGCUUCGGGUGGACAGUCCGGGCGAUUGGGCUCGUCAUCUUGGUGACUCUUGCCAUUCCGCUUACCGUUUUCCGCGUGCGUGUGAAGCCAGCCAAGAAGCGCAAGGCGCUCGAUCUCGGCGCAUUCAAGGAGCCAGCGUACACUUCUUUCGUCUUGGGUGGGCUCUUGACGUUUGUCGCGCUCAACAUCCCGUUCUUUUAUAUCCAGUACUUUGCGAUUAGCAAAGGCAUUGCGAAAGGCGAGGUGGGCUUCUACCUCUUGUCCGUCAUUACGACGGGCUCUGUGUUUGGCCGCAUCGUGCCCAAUCUGUUUUCCAACCGGGUCGGCCCAUUCAACAUUGUGUCGGGCUGCACUGUUCUGUGCGGUGGGCUGAUGUUCUCGCUCAUUCACCUGUCCAGUCUGGGCGGUGUGGUAGUGGUGGCCCUGCUGUACGGAUUCUUCUCGGGGGCGUUUGUAUCGCUACCGCCGACGUGCUUUGUGAAGCUGUCACCGGACCGCGGGGUGAUCGGGACGCGGAUGGGCAUGGGCUACGUGGUGAUGACGGUAGGCAACCUGAUUGGAACGCCAGUGGCGGGGAAGAUACUGCAGGACCAUGGCUUCAACUCCAUGUGGGUGUUUGGCGGCGUCUUGUCAAUUGUUGGGGGGUUGACGAUGAUGGUGAGCCGGAAUAUCCAGGGUGGGUGGAAGGUGUUUGCAAAGGUCUGA